GAAUUCAAUCUCUUCACUACUCAUUCAAUCCAAACAAAGCCCAGAAACACAAACCGCCCUCCUCUCAGCCACUCAAAAGUCCGAACCAUCAUAUCAAACAUCCUUCACAACUCACAACCAAAACACACCAAUACAAUGGCAUUCUUUCUUCCCCAGACUUUCUACCACAUCCAGGCUCCCCAGAACCCACUCUACCAUCUCCUCCGGGAGCUUGACCAGUCGAUUCAGCAGCCCCAGCGAAAGCGCCAAUGCCAGCCUCAACAAAAGAGCCGCGCUCAAGCUUCCUCCCCUGCCUAUCGGGUGAACUCCCGCCCAUGGGAGCCUCGAUUUGAGGCCCACGAGACUGAGGACUCCUUCGUUCUUUACGGCGAGCUUCCAGGCAUGAACAAGGAGCACGUCACUGUCGAGUUCCCUGAGCCUCGCAAGCUUGUCGUCAGCGGCAAGGUUGAGCGAUUCACAGAGGAGCCCAAGGCAGUUGAAACAACCACAACAACCACUGAGGAGGCUGCUCCCGCCCCAGCCACCGAGUCAGACAAUGAAGACACCCGAAGCAGAAGCUCUUACCAGGCCACUGUCGAGGAUGAUGUCGAUGACGACGAGUUUGAGGUUUUGAGUCACACAUCAGAGAAGUCAAAGACUGUCAGCCAGCCAGAGCCGGAGACUCUCAGUGAGAAGGCACAGGAGAAGCAGCCCGCGCAGCCCGAAGAGCCAAAACGCUCUGGCUAUAGCAAGGAGUUCUCCCGCUACUUCACUUUCCCCACCUAUAUCAACCACGACGCGGUCACUGCCGACCUCAAGGAUGGUCUUUUGACCAUAGUGGUUCCCAAGGCUACUCCCAAGUCUCAGCGCAUCAUCAUUAACUAAGGGUCGGAUAUUAGUAUAUGGAUUUCACGGAAGGGCUCUGGUUUAGAUAUAUAAAGGGAUUUCUCACUUGUUCUGAUCUGGUUGCUAGCUAAUUAAUCUAUCUGUUUUUUUUUAUACCAAUGAUUGCCUGCUUGAAUCUGAACUAAGUGAAUCAUUUUCCCGACUACAGUGACAUGGCUUUUAUAAUUCCACAGUGACCACCAGUAUAGUCAAGCCUAGAACUUCCCCCUAUUGUUAAUUUCUUCUCCUACCA